UGACGCGUAUUUCCUGUGGCGUCUCACAAUUACACCGGCUUGCAACGUGGUUGAGCGUGUAGCCUCGACCUAAUAGUACACUUCGUACGUCUGAUGCCGUACAAAAUGAACCAGAAAAGUUGCAAUGUACUCGGAGCAAUAUCGAGUUUCAACGUGCGAAUUAGAAUGUCUUCUCCCUUCUGCCAUUGCCGUGCCUAGGAUAUCUUUGUAAAAAAAAUAUUCCCCAGUGAACAUAACGACAACAAAAAGCUCGUCACGUACUCUUGACUAUCAUUUGUCUACUAAGCAGACGAGAUGCCCUCUUGCCUGUGUGUUGUAGCUGGGAAAAAAAUUGGAAACUGUCGACUCCUCUUUAGGGACGGAGACGAAAAUUUAGUUGCUCUUUGCAUUUCACCAUGUGAUUCAUUCUAUGAGUGAACGUGGAUUAUUUCCAUUUAAAGAGGCUUUAUUGUUUGGAGGAGUUGCAUGGAGAUUCUAAAAGUUUGCCGAUUGUUUUGUUUAUGUAAUUAGCAACGUGCAUCUCUCUACGCCAUGCCUGCCACUCUUGUUAGUUUACAAAGACUACAGUUACUGCAACACAUUAUGAUUACAGGUUAGUUGUCGAUUGGAAUGAAGAAAGUGUCAAGGUACAUCCAGAAAAUGCAUUUAAAAACUUUCUCACUGGGCCGGCAACGACGAUGAUACUACAUUGUGUGAUCUAGCGAGAUUCCUGAAAAGAUCAAAGAAUAGCGUUAAAGUCAGGAGAUUUUAAAGAAGUUCAUUGGCGAUAAUCGAAAAAUGGACGAAACGCACGAGGAACCGGACGAAAACAUUAUCGACAUCAAUAUGAUAAAAAGCGAAGAAAGAAGCCCCGAAAAUGUACCUCUCAACUUUGUGGCAGUUUCUAGUAUCACCAAUAGUACACCGACACGCCAACAGACAGCCCGUAAGAGACUGCAAAUUAACGCCGGUGGUACCGCGCAGGAAUCCGCAUUACUUUUGAAGAGGAAACGUUUUCGUCCGAUUCAGCCGAAACCAGAAUCUAGUUGUUUGGUACAUAAUUUUUCGAAACCAAAGCUUACAACGCUCAAACUGCCUACAAUGAGUAAUUUGCAACCCAUACGACCUAGAAUCUCGGUGCCAAGGCAAAAAUUCAAACUGCCUAUAAUAAACGCUUUGGAACCAAAUACCGUUUUGGUAUCAGGCAGUGGUAUGUUGAUUAAGAAAAACAUUACACCUUCAAACGUACCAAAAGAGAUGAAAAAUUACGUUAGGUCAAGCAGUAGUAAUAAUAUAAUAGUAAACAGUAAUAUUGAUGAAAGUAACGUUAAUAAUAGCAAUAAAGUUAAUAAAAAAAUUAAGAUUCUCAAUUUCUAUCAUUGUGAUACCAGCAACAAUAGUGGUAACGAUAAUAUUGUAAAUCCGACAACUGAAGAGAAAAUUGAUAAAACUGUGAGAAUUCAAAAUUCAAACAGCAAAGCGAAUAAUAAGUCUAACAACAUUAAUAGUAAUAACACUAAUAAUAGUAGUAAUAGUAGUAAUAGGGAAUGCAGUAAAAAUUUGUGUAGUAUUGAGGUAAAAUCCCAAUCAAGUAAGAAUAAUAUUGAGUCAUUUUUUGAGAGUAUGGCAAAGACUGUGUCGAAUUUACCUAACGAGAUACAAGAGGACAUUAAAACGCUGGUCACUCAAAUUGUUACCGAUAGAGUGAAACAAUACUAUAAAGAGAAGAUAAAAUUGAUGAUGGAAGAUUAAAUUUCAAGAACUGACAAUCUGUUAUUGUAAAAUUAGACCAAACUCCAAUUUCUUUUAUGAUGCAAAUCAAUAAUGCAAAUUUUGCAAGAUGCAAGGUAUAAUUAAUACCUUUGCUGAGUAAAAUUUUAAACAAUAAAUUUAGAGCUCAUAAUUUUGGAACACAUUUGUUCUAACUAGAGGACAGAUAUAUUUAAGUUUCUAAUUUUACAACUACUCAAUGUAUUGGUUUAAUUCCCAAGAACAUAGUGUUAAUCUCGAUUUUUUAUGAAGAUAUUUCUCAUAAUUUCAGGUUGGUACAUUUAUAAAAAAUAAACUUAUUAAAUAUGGAGUUUUUAAGAUCAUAAUACGUAAAAUUUAUUUAUUUCCUUUAAUAAGAAAUAAAUAUAUCAGGAAUAGAAACACUCGUGCUAAAUUAAGAUAAAUAAUAGUCCACGGAUAAUUUUCUGCAUAUUUUCUAUGUGCUCGUUUAUUUUGUAAUGUUGACUAUAAUUUGCAUUAUGAGCAUUCGACGUCACAUAUAUGUGUCGAACAAUUUUUUUACGCAAUAUUGAUGAAAAAAUAAGAAAUACAAGUUUAUUACAGUCAUUUGUGUAAUCGACAUGUUAGGUCAUAUAAUUCAUUAUAAUUUUACUUUUUAGACACGCCGUAUAGAAAAUAGAACAAUAGAUAUAAAUAAAAAUAAAUAUAUAUUUUGAAAGUAGCAUAUAUAUACUUUUGAUAAAAGGUGCUAUAACGAUCAAAUGCAUAGUAUAAUAUUGUAUAUAAAUGCCGACAAUCGUGAAAUUAAUCUGAAAACUAUUUACAUAGCAAAUAUUGUACUUGUUUCUUUUGAAACUUCGAAUUAUGUGAUUUAAUCAAUUAAUCCACUAUAUUACUGAAUUAUACGCUAUGUACACAUAAAUUGGAAUACUAAUGAUUAUUUGUUAAUUUGCUUUAUUGGAAAUGUGAAAAUAUAAUACGAAUGAAAAGCUCAUCAGUUUCUUUAUAAAGUAUAACUAUUACAAAAAU